GUUGUGAGCUUUGCCAGUCUGAAGUACGACCGCUCUUACAGCUGGAUGGUGCUGUGCGUGCUGUGGUGCUCCAUCGCUCAGUCCAUCCUGCUGCCCAUGUUCCUCUGGGCAUGCGACCGCUACCGCGCAGACGUGCGCAUGGUCUGGGAGAAGUGUGUGGCCAUCAUGUCCAACGACGACGUGGACGAAGGUAAAACAGGCGAGGAGGGGGAGGUGGAGCAGGCCAGGCUCCUUCUGUCCACCACCUACCCCCUCCUACCCCUGGCUAUGGUGACUUCAUAACAUGAGGGUGGGGGGUGUAAGAGGUAGGGGGUAGAGGUUAGGGUAGGGGUCUGGAAGCCUGGUCCUGGAGAACUGGCAUAGGACCUGUGGUUUGGUGCCCUAUGGCCACAGGCAUUUGAUUGAGCCGGGGAUAAGGGUAGGGGUCUGCAACCCCCGGUCCUGGAGCCACUGCUGGCCCCUCACCUUUGGGGUUGUGCACUAUCAUAGCUUGGGCCUUGGUUGAUUUAUGAAUGGAUGAUUUGAUAGUCAUCUGUGAAUGGAUUCAGAAGAUAUAAAACUGGAUUUGAAUUCUGAAUCGGGCAAUUGAUUUACAUUGGGGGCGCCAUGUAGGAUUAUGGUGACGUUCCGUCGAAGUAGUACAUUUCAUGAUUUGAGCUUGAUUGAUUGUAGAUAAACUUAAACUGACAUAAGCAGGCCUAGAAGGUUCUCCGGGAGCAGGGUUGGAGAGAUCUUGUUUUGGGAGUGACGUCUGUUCAGCUUACAACCCUAGAUUUGAUUCAGUAUAUAUAAUUUUCCUUUAAUGUGGUCAUAUGUAGCCAUCCGGGGUCCUUAUGUGAUUGGUCUAAUUUGAUGUGGUCUAAUUUAUCAUGUGACCUAUCAUGUGACCUUUUUCUCCAAGUGGAGAGGAAGUGACCAAACAAAAGUGUCUGUAGGACUUAUAGCCACAUUUUGUGGUUUCAUUCUUAGUGGGCUCAUUUAAAAAGAGUGAAUUCUAUGCUAUGCUAUCAGACUGUUACAAGAUAUUGCUGGAAAAGCACAUACUUUCCCCGCAGAAUAUGACUUUGCUUUACUUGAAUGCAUUCAAACUGAAAUCUUCCUUGGCCUAGAACACCCUGACACAAGACGCAGAAAUAAAUAGAGAGGAUUUAUGAAGAUUACAACCAAAUCAAUACUGAAGGAAUAUAACUAGCUAAAAAGCGCAUUACAUUUCAGCACGAUGGUCAUAUUUCCAAUCCUAUGAGAUUCUGGUAUGCAUUUUUCUUAAAUCUAUGAUAUACAUCAAGGCAUGAUUGUACGCACACCUAUCAGGUUUUUGGACCAAUGUCAGCGUAUGAGUGUAAACAGAUACAGCCGGAUGACUAAAUAGUCUUUUGGAAAUGCAGUAAACUAUUCCUGUCCAUGUUGUCUGUAGGCCUAUGUAGUGACAAUAAGCAGUGACACCACAAGCAACCUCAUUCACACUAUUCCCUCAAAUUAUGCAAAUUAGGUACUUUUGACAGACCAAAAUGUCUUAAUGAUCCAAAGGGUACAUAUAAUAAUAUAAUAAUAAUAUAUUUACAAUUCAGAAAUACACAGACACUUACCCAAGUUUUGUCCCCCAUAUUAACUUUAAAGUUAGGUCACAUGAUAAAUGUAAUAGCCCCUAUAGUUUGUUCAUUGUGUAUUGGGUAGAUGUGAACUAUUCUAUAUUGAUAUGAGAUCAGAAUAAUAAUAAGAAACAUGAAAAAUCCUCAAUGUUAAAAACAUGCUAAUUGAAAUGAACCCUGUGAAAUAACUUGCCUUUUCUUGCAAUGAAAUUGUUUAAACUCAACUUGAUAUCACCCCUCUCCCCUCUUUCUAACCCCCAUACCUUUUGAUAACCUCCCUUUCUAUACGUCCAUCCAUGUUGAUUGUUUAGCAUAAGGCCAAAAAACUAAAACGUAGGACAAUGUAUUUUUUGUGUGAUUUUAAUGUUGCCAGCGCUCCUCUCUUUUUCCAGAGGGCUUGCCUUGUAUAUCACAAUACAGUUGUAUGUAUAAGGGUUGUUUCUUGUCUCCAAAGCUACUGACUUGCAUGCUAUGCUGCCUGUGCAAAUAGCCAAUCUCAUCCUCCAUCCUACCGGCCAACAUUUGCCCUAAGAUCAGCAUUUUACACCGAUCUCCAAUUGACCUCGCAUUGAAUCUAAUGCAAUUCUUCUUUUGAUCCUAAAUUUGCCUGACAAGUUAUACAGUAUGUAAAAUGAUUACUUGAAAGUAUUCCUUUGAUUUGUUGUAUUAUGGUUCUCACGAUAAGCCCCAUUGUUUUAAGGAUUAAUAUCAUUAUUUCUGGACAGGGUCUCUGAAUUUGGAAGGAGUUGUUUUGUGUUUUUCUAUUCGGUAAACGCCCACAGUCAUGAUUUUCAGUCAGUGAUUAUUUUCAAAUUCACUGUUCAACCCUCUGAGCUAUAGGGCAUUUUUGCCAUCUUGUUGCAGAGAUAAUUUAGUCACAAUCUACACCAUAAUGACCCACUGAGUGUUAUGUUCCCUGUUAUUCAGAACACUUCAGACUAUUACAAGUUCACAACAAUAUCGUAAAUUAUUUUCACAAAAGUAUAGAUCUGUGAUUGCCACAAAGACAAAACAAAAGCCACAAGUUAACUAGAAGAGUUGUGCAAUUUUGUGGCAAUAAUGCACAUAUAAUACAUUGUGAUAGUCUGAAGUAUUCUGAAAAAAGGAUAUGUAACACUCAAUGGUUCAUACUAGAAUAUUUUUUUUAUUAAAAAGAUAAUCUAUUAACUUUAAAGAAAUCUUUAAGGCUCAAAGUGAAAGAAUGUCUCGAGGCCUCGAGGGCUACAGUGACUCCUUUUUGAUUAGGAACUCCAAGUUUCCCAGCGGACACCCAAAAAAAAAGAGAAUAAAAGAGAAAGAUGAAUUGUCUCUAUUAUCUAUUCGUCUUGUCUGUCUGUCUGUCUGUGUAUUUUGAGUACGUUGGUCUUUAAUCCUGACGCGUAUGCUUUUCUGCAUUUUGCAGAAAACAGCCAAGAUGGAGGAAUUCAUGCGGACUUAAUAUAUGACAGACCAUAUGACUAUAGCUCCGCGGCUGAUAUCAUGACGGUAGACCGUAUUGCCAAGUACGAAUUCUCAACCUUAGAAAUGGGGGUCCCACAAGGGUAUCCAUUGCAACUACAGGAAGAUAAAAUGCAGUAUUUGCAGGUAUAUUUCCCUUGAUUUUUAUUAUUUCAUCAAUUGAUUUAUUUUUCACUUCAAAUACAGAUAACAAUGUGCAUGGUGAAAGAGGCCCUUCAGCCUACUAUAAUAUCUAUCUUAUUGUUUGAUCUUGCUGGAAUCAUUUUACAUUUUGCAAACUGAUAUUUCCUAUCUAGACAUGGCAUUGAAAGGUCAAAAAGCAUAUACCUGGCUGACUAAUGUUUGGCAAAUAUGACCAUCAGUAGUUUUCACCUUCAUUGUAGAUAAGUCUCUCUAAUGUGUAUAGGUGGGUCUUUCACAGACCUGCCACCUCUUAAUCGUAGUAUCACAAGUUAAACAUAGAAAUACUAGAAUAGUAUGAGGUGGUAGGGCUGAUGCUGACUUCCAAUAUCCUUGACUGAACCAUUAUGCUAAAACAAUGCAAAUGCUUGCUCAUGCUAAUGCUAUUUGGUCCUUUUGACUCCAAUUGAGUCCUAUUGACUCCAGACUCAAAGCAAGUCAGUUGUAGAGCUGUGAAAUGCUCCUCUUUGACAUAUUAUUAUGAACCCCAAUGCUGCUCUCCCAACAUGCAGUCUUCAAGAGCUCACAAACAACCAAACCACAACUGUGUGUGUGUGUGUGUGUGUGUGUGUGUGUGUGUGUGUGUGUGUGUGUGUGUGUGUGUGUGUGUGUGUGUGUGUGUGUGUGUGUGUGUGUGUGUGUGUGUGUGUGUGUGUGUGUGCGUGCUUGAGUAUGCGCACAAUGUGUGCGCGAGUGUGUGUGCGUGCAGUCGUGUGGCCCAAACAAAAAUUAACUAAAAGAGCAUAAUUACAGUAUUGGAGAGAAAAUGAAGGCUUUUGAAGGCUGAAUUUGGAGACCUAAACUAAGAAUGGCCAUGCCCCUUUUACCUGACACAACCCAGACUUACGGUCACCCCCGCAAGACAUCUACCACUGUGUCAUCUUUGUUCCAUUCUUUUGCAAAACAAUUACCCAAUUGGGCUUUCGACUACUCCAUGUAGCGCAAAUAGCUGCUAGCAAGACCACAUGUAACACAGCACAGUGUAAUGCUAACAAGAAAGUAGCACACAGGAGGUGUAGCCCUUAGAUUUAGCCAUCAAAUAUUUGUUAUUUUAUAAAUGGUUUAUGAUAAGAAUAUUCUUAUCAGGCAACUUGGACAUCAAAUCAGUAGGCCUAGCCAUGAAAUCUAUAGGCCUAUGAUAUGAUAUGAUAUGAUAUAGACUGAAAUUUGAUCUCCUGAUAGUUGAUAGUUACGCUCAUUCUAUUCUCUAGUAGGAUCGAGUCUAUUCUAUUUUUGGACAGUUAUUGAACAGAGAUGUAUACAGUAGCUAUCAUUUCACCACAUUGACUCAUUAAACCAUUGAUUCAGUUUUGUCUAAAUAGUGCAUCUUAUACACUGAGUGUACAAAACAUUAGGAACAACUUCCUAAUAUUGAAUUACACCCCCUUUUGCCCUCAGAAUAGCCUCAAUUCGUCAGGUCAGUGGCUCUAAAAGGUGUUGAAAGCGUUCCACAGGGAUGCUGGCCCAUGUUGACUCCGAUGCUUCCCACAGUUGUGUCAAGUUGGCUGGAUGUCCAUUGGGUGGUGGACCAUUCUUGAAACACACGGGUAACUGUUGAGCAUGAAAAACCAAGCAGCGUUGCAGUUCUUGAUACACUCAAACCGGUGCACCUGGCACCUACUACCAAACCCCAUUCAAAGGCACUUAGAUCUUUUGUCUUGCCCAUUUACCCUCUGAAUGGCACACAUACACAAUCCAUGUCUCAAGGCUUAAAAAUCCUUCUUUAACCUGUCUCCUCCCCUUCAUCUACACUGUUUGAAGUGGAUUUAACAAGUGACAUCAAUAAGGGAUCGUAGCUUUCACCUGGAUUCACUUGGUCAGUCUAUGUCAUGGAAAGAGUAGGUGUUCCUAAUGUUUUGUACACUCAGUGUGGAAUUGGUUAAGAUACAGUUUGUGUUUUAGCAGUCCAUACUGUAUAAUGGAAAAUAAUUAUCAAUAAAUAAUUAUCAAUAAAACAAAUGUGUUUGUAUUACAACUAAAUACAUGCAAGUCAUGGCAUUGAAACAUAUAUAUUAAGUACACAUUUUUGCCUACUAUUUGGGGUGCUACAAUUUGUCAAUACAAUUCAAGAAAUCAACUACAACAAAAAAAACAUAAACACGUGGCUCCAUUUAAGAAUUGUUGGUGCAAUUCUCAAAUGGCUUAUAUUUACAGAAUCAGACUUUUCAUUUGCUAUGUUGCAUCUCGUUGGGGUUACAUUCCCCAUCCUCCCCCUGUCAGUCCUCAUUUUCAACUACUACUCGUGCUUUGCUUCCCCCUGCUGGUCAAACUUCUCACUCAACGCUACUGUAUAGUCUGCUGUCUCAUUUCUGCAUUUACAAAAAGACACCACAUAGUGGCACUCUGAUAUUAGUUUUGUGCUGUGUAUCUUCUCAUUGACAAACCCAUACUAAAAGCUGACGUUAUGUCUCUCCUACUUAGUUCUCAGAACAAUGUGGAAUGUGAGUAUCAAUUUGGAAAGAAUGCCAUUUAGUCCGACAAGUUAGUUGUUAUAAUAGUGCUGUAUUAUGGCUUUAAUACUGUCAUAAUAGUUUCAAAAACAAAUACGUGUUAAUUGAGUUGCAUUAAUGACUCCUGUUAGAGAAGACAACAUUUGAUUAGAAAAUAGCCUAAUGUUUAACACCAAAUAAUUUAAAGAACUUUGCAUUUGUAGUUUUAGCAGUAAGAGAAACAAAAUGUAUUGCUGUUGUUUUUCAUUGAGAAUGUAUGACUGUAUAGCCAUUAUCAUAUGCAUAUUAUACAGGCCUAACCUUCUCCAUACAAGCUGAUGUUGUUGGUCUGUGUGUUGUGUUGCGCCAGGUACCCCCUACAAGAAGAUUCUCCCACGACGAAACCGACAUGUGGACCAGCGGCCAGAUCCCCUCCUACCUGCACCACUGGGGCUCCACGGAGGACGUGAUGGGAAUGGUCCACUACAACUCCAGCUUGCCACGCAACGAGAGACGCAGGAGCAGCCCGGUCUCCUACCGCGAGGAGAGCCACCCGCACCGCAAGCGCCGGCGCUCCGAGGAUAGUGGGCACAUGCUCAAGCAGCUGCCGCGGGGGAGUGGCGGCGAGCGCUACGAGGAGGCAGAUUUGCGCUGCUUCAGCCGCGACGAGGUCAUCAACUUUAUCGAUGAGACCCCGCUUCCCAGCCCCAUGAAGAGCCCACGCCGCACCUCCACCAUUUCCCUCAUCCCAGACGUCUACGAGCAGCACAUCAUCUUGUACCCGCAUUUCCCACUCACCGAUUUUGAGCGUGAGCCCCAUGCCCUGCGGCGCCUCUCGGAGCACGGUAGGAGCUGUAGUCGGGGAGGGUCGCCAGAUGGCUCACACAGGGCAGACAGGGCGUGCGGUGGGGAAAGCUCCGGGGUGUGCCGUUCAGGUUCCCUCCGUGAGCACCGGCGGGAGGGGUGGCGCCAAGGCGAACUAGUCCCCACAGGGCAAAGCCUGCGGACUGGGGAGCACUCGUCUCACAGGCCCAGCAGGACAGGAGCCCACGGAGCUGGGCCCGACUGGGGGGAACACAAGCACCUGACUACGGGAGACAGUAAAGGAAGCACAAAUAGUUUUAUAAGCUCACCUUCUGCAUCAGCCUCUAGAUAUAUCACAUUUCACUCAGAUUCCAUAGGAUCUGCCACCUAG